AUGAAAUAUCUCUGUGAAGUUCUUCUCUUCUCUUUUUUCGUGACGGCGCUUUCGAACUCGACUAAACUGUCGUCUAAACCAGCAAGAACCGAUAACGAUACGAAACAUCAUCUGCAUUGUGGUGUCAAUAAUAACUAUUUCUACGCUGGUCCCAACUCCAAGAAAAUAGAAAAUAUGUUUUCCGACAUUCAACAACAACUGACCAAACUUGAACAAGAAAUCCGAAACAUAAAGAAGAACCAAACUUGUCAGAAGCAAGAUGGGAAAGACGAUUUAGUUGACUUGGUGCUCAUUCGGUUUCGCUUUCUCUCUUUUUUUUCAGCUGUUAAUAAGAACUGUGCCGAAGUUUACAAGUCAGGCGACAAGAUCAGUGGUGUAUACAAAAUCGAUCCUGAUGGUUUGGGAGAAUUUGAAGUCUUCUGUGAUCAGACAACAGCCGGUGGAGGAUGGACGGUGUUUCAAAAGAGAUAUGGUGGUGCAGUAGAUUUUUUCCGAGGCUGGAAUGUCUACAAACAGGGCUUCGGCAAUCUGAACGGCGAGUUUUGGCUCGGACUGGACAAGAUUCACCGCCUGACUGCGAGGAGCAGUAACAAGCUUCGUGUUGACUUGGAAGACCUUCAUGGUAAAACAGCGUUUGCAGAGUACAGUUCAUUUUCUGUGGCAAGCGAAAGGGCGAAAUACCUGCUGGGUUUAGGAGUUUAUUCAGGCACGGCUGGUGAUUCUCUCAGUUAUCAUCGCGGCUUACCAUUCACCACUAAAGAUCGAGAUAAUGACGCCGACUCAAGAAACUGUGCCUCCAUGUAUACGGGCGCUUGGUGGUACAAGAAUUGCCAUUUCUCAAACCUCAAUGGCCUCUACAUGAAUAAUAAAAAUGACGGUAAAGGAAUGGCGUGGUAUCACUGGAAAAAAAAUUAUAAAUCUGUUAAGAGGUCUGAGAUGAAAAUCCGUCCAAAGGACUUCUAAGGUUCAUCAUACUUUGAUAGUGUCAAAAGAUGAAUAUGUUCUCAGCAGAUAUUUAAGGGUUGAUGUAUUUUAGUUUUAAAAGUAAAGUUUUCAAAAAAAUCAGAAGUGCAUGAUUAUUAAUCAAAGUUAAAACCGCUGACGAAGCCAUAAAAAUAAAAUACUUCUAUGAAAGAGAUGUAGAUGUAACUAAGCUUGUGGUUCCAAUAAAGA